AUGCUGCCGAUUCACUACCUGGCUUGCUGGGGACCCAGUUCUGUUUCGGUGGUCGAUAUGUUGUUGGUGGCGAACCGUGCCGUGGCAACAGCGAAAGAUGUGGACGGUAACACAGCACUGACCUUGGCUAUCGAGGGCGACUAUCCGGAGAAGAACGGUGUCGUGUCAGCUUUACAGAAGUGGUUGAACAACAAUCCAAGCGACAUUGAAAGUACAGUUAGCAGAAAGAGCUCCGUUACGAAACAUAAGGUACCUUCUUCUGAUGAAAGAUUCACAAAUGGUUCUCAGUUUAAGUCAUCGAUGAAAGCGACACGACCUUUUGAACCUGAAAAUCAAGAAUAUGAAUUUAAGCAAUCCAAGUUGACGCACUCUAACGGGAACGCUCUUUCUAGAACCAAGGCUCGCCCUAAUAGAGAAAGCUAUUCGGACGAAGAAAAGCGCGACGAAGGCGAGACUCCUUUUGUGCGAUCGCUAGGUAAGGCUGUACCACCUCCUAGCAAGAUUGACACUCUCUCCAAAAAUGCACAGGAGGAUGAAAUCCGAAAGCUAAAAAACGAUAUGCAAGCCCUCAAAGCGACAAUUUUUGAAAAGGAACUCGAAUGGAAGGAUCGGAACACCGAGACCGAAGAACAAUGGAAGGCCAAAUAUAACACACUGAAAAUAUUAUCAAGCGAAAAAGAAGACGAGGUUGACAGCAUUAAAAAAGAGCUUGAAAGAGUCCGAAAUGAGCUGGACGAAUCCAGAGGGAUGACAAGGAACAAGGACAUCGAAAUCGAAGCAGGAAAGCAAAAACUCCUUCAAGCCAGGGAUGAUCUCAAAGGCCUUCGGGACACGCUAGGCGAUCUCAUGGAGCAACAUGAAGGGUUCAAAAAGAAAAAUCACAACAUGAAUGACCGCCUUGGAUCGCUCUCGGCUUCAUUAGAAUCGAUGAUGGAGCAACAAAACAUGCUUACUAAGAGUCUAAAAAAGCGAAGUGACAAACGCAAAGCAACAUACGAAGACCGACAAGCGCGCUUGAAGGAAUUGAUGGAUUUGGAAAAGUCUUUGCAAGAAGACGAUGAUCAACUGGACACAUCCCUGAACAAACAAACCCGGGAAAUGGAGGCUAUUGCGGCCGUCAUUGCUGCAGCACGAGAGUAG